AUGGAAAAGAAAAGAUGGAGAAAAGUUUUUGAAGCAAAUGAAUAUGGAAAAAUUGAUCGAACUAUAUGGUAUGAUCAAGAAAGUGUCGUUGUCACAGGAGAAGGUAGACGGGUCCGCGCAUUGAGAUAUGCUGAUGGUCUCGAAGUAUGGCAAUUAUCAGCGCCGUCAACAAUUAAUUCAAAUCAGGAUUCCAACCCUAAACAUUGUCAAGUUGUUAAAAAUCGAUUUGAUCCUGGUACAGUUCAUAUUUUAAGCAAUGAUCUUCUAUGGAGUGUAUCAUCGUACGGUGAAAUGCUCUGGUCAAUCGAGCUUCCAACAAAAUCAACGUUUAAAAAUCUUUUUCUUCUAUCAACAUCGCAAUAUGUUAUUGUUGGCAGUAUUGAUUCAAAUAUCAAUCAGCUUCAAAUAACUUAUUAUUCGAAACAAAAUGGUAUUCAAUCAUUUUCUUCAUCAAUGCCAUGGUCAUUUAAUUAUGAUGAUAGUCGAAAUAAAUGCACCACCAUGAAUAAUCUUAUUUUAUGCUCAAAUAAUAAUGAAGUUUUAAUGGUUACUAUUCCGGUAACAAUGAAUGAUACUAAUAUACUUACUAAUCAAAUACAACUAUCAAAUAAAAUCGAACGAAUACGUGUUUUAUAUGAAAGUAAUACGCAGAGUAUUUUAUCUAUCAAAAUGGAAAAUUCUGAAACAAAAAUUUAUCACUUUAAUAAAAAAGAUUCAACAAUAGAAUGGCAACAUCAUGAAUUAAAUAUUCAAAUAAAAUCUAAUGGUUUUUAUAGUAUUAUCACAGAAAAAAGCCUAGUUGGUCAACAGAUACUUGAAGCAUCAGCCACUGAACAAAAACUUAACUUUUAUGUUUCAAAUAUAAAUGAGCAAACUUUAUCAAAUACACGUUCAUAUUCCAUUGAACUUCCAGAAAAUAUGGGUGGAAUUGAAUAUAUUGCAUAUUCAAUUGUAAAAUCUACACAAUUAGUUACACUUAGAAUGCAAGAUGGCUCUUUACUUGUUAUUAAAUUAGCUGAUAGUGGAGCUGAACUAAUUCUACAUCGUGAUGAAGCAUUGUCAUCAAUAAUAUCGGUUGACACAUUUGAUUUAUCCUUAUCAAUUGGACAAAUGCGUAUUGAAGAAGAAUUUGGUGGUACAGAGAUUUUCAGUAUGUUUUCAAAACGAAUUUCAACUCAAUUAUCACAAUUAAUUAGUUUCAUUUUACGUUUAACCGAUUUGAUAACACAUGGAAACCGAAAUCGUGAUUAUACAGAUACACAAGAGUCAAGUGUUCGAGAUGAAUUUAAUCUUAAUAAAAUUCUUAUUGUUGUUACAUCUGUUGGAAAAGUUUUUGGUAUUUUAACACAAAGUGGUGGUGUUCUCUGGAAGCAUUAUUUUAAUAAUUUUACGCCACUAGAAAAUUUUAAUGCAGCUCAAGUACCUUUAUUCCAUAUUCGUUCAGCUGCUCAUUAUACACAUCAACCAUUAGCAUCUAUCGUUUAUCGUGAUCGAAAUUCUUUACAUGAAACUCAUAUACGAACAUUUAAUCCAUAUACAGGAGAUUUAGAUAAUACGUUAAGUACAUCAUCAUUACCAUAUCGUAUAAAACAUGUUUUUCUAUCAACACAAGUUGUGGAUGAGUUUUGUAAAGUAUUACUAUUCGUCGAUUCAAAUAAUAAAAUACAUACAUUUCCACCGGCACCAAUUUCACGGGUAUUAAAUAGUCAAAUUCCAACUUAUAUUUAUCUAUUCGAUAAAACGGAACAAGCAUUUGUUGGCUAUUACGUUGCCAUUAGUGAAAGUGAUCAACAAACUUCAACAAAUCUAAAAGAAGUAUGGCGUGUUUCAUUUCAAAAUGAAGAAGUUGUUAACAUACAUAGUCGAUCAAGUUCCGAUCGUGUUCAUUCGGCUGGUAUUGUUCUUGGUGAUCGAAGUGUUCUUUACAAAUAUACAAAUCUAAAUCUUAUUGCUGUUGUUACUGAAGGCAUUGAUUAUCAGAAAGUUCCGUUCGUAAAUAUUUAUCUAUUGGACACGGUAACUGGUUCAUUAAAACUUUCUCACACACAUAAACGUGUUAAACCGCCAGUACAUGUGGUUCUUGCUGAAAAUUGGAUAAUCUAUACAUAUUAUAAUCAACGUUAUCGUCGAUACGAAGCUGUUAGUUCAUCAUUAUUUGAAGGACCAGCACAGUACAAUGAUUCGGCAUUUUCAUCAUUUGAUCCUAUUGAGCCAGUUGUACAAUCGAAAGCAUAUAUAUUACCGUAUGGUGUUAAUGCUAUUCAAGUAACAACAACUGAAAAAGGAAUUACAUCACGCGAUAUAAUUAUGGCAGCACCUAAUGGAAUGCUAAUUGAAAUACCUUGGAUAUUAUUUGAUCCACGACGACCACUUGAUUUAACUCUAUUGGAUAGGGAAGAAGGCUUAAUAAUGUAUACACCAGAAAUAAUGAUUAAUUUUGAAAGUGUUAUUAAUUAUUACAAGUUUGUUUAUAAUAUUCGUGGCAUUCAUACAGUUGCUACGGGUCUUGAGUCAACAUCUGUCGUAUUUGCAUAUGGUCUUGAUCUUUUUUAUACGCGUGUUUUUCCGUCACGAAUAUUUGAUCAAUUGAAAGAUGAUUUUGAUUUUAUGUUUAUUGGUUGGUCAACAGUAGCAUUUGUUGUUGGUUCAUUUAUAGCAAAACGUUUUGCUGCAAUUCAUCAAACAAAAAAGGCUUGGAAAUAA